AUGAUGAAGGGAACUUCUGUUGAGAGCAAAUACAAAUACAUGCUCGGUGAGGCCUCAAAGGAUAGAUUUGAAGGAAUUAAUUUGAGUGACGCCGCAUCAGAGUCAAACUUCAUUAGAUCAAAUGGAGUUUUCACAGCUAUUCCAUGGAAAUCCGGCGGUGGUGGUGUCAUUGCAGUCAUGAAGGCUUACGAAUAUAAGAGGCUAGAAGCUGAUUUACCUUUGAUUAAAGGACAUGCUGGACCAAUCGUUGACUUCGAUUUCUCUCCUUUCAAUGAUAAUCUCUUCGCUACAGCUUCAGAAGAUGGGUCAAUCAAAUUGUGGGUUAUUCCAGAGGAUGGCAUCACCCAAGACACCUCAGAUUGCGACGCUGAACUAAGAGGUCAUUCUAGAAAACUGAUUUUCUCUAAGUUCCAUCCAUCAUCAGACUACACCUUAGCUUCCUCAAGUGCAGACUGCACAAUAAGAAUCUGGGAUAUUUCGCAACAAAGAUGUGCUCUCACCUAUGACGAUAUCAAACAAACCACAACCGGCCUUGAAUGGUCUCAGAACGGUUCAUUACUCGGAGCUAUGACAAAGAAUAGAACUUUGAACGUUUUCGACCCAAGAAAGGAGGGAUCAGCUCUUAGUGCCAAUACUCACGAAGGUGCCAGACCACAAAAGCUCUGCUGGUUAGGAGACAAUCAAACUAUCUUCACUGCAGGUUUUUCAAAGGUCGCCGAGAGAGAGUACUCAGUCUGGGAUAUCAGAGACAUGUCACAACCACUCAUAAAGAAGAGAUUAGAUGAAUACGCCGGUAUUCCAUUUACCUUCUUCGAUGAUGAUGCUAAGGUUCUCUACAUUGCUGGCAAGGGAGAGAGUUAAAUCUCCUUCUUCUAAUACUCUCCAGAAAGUCCAAACAUUGUUGACUACUUGCAUGCCUAUAAAGGCAAAGAACCUCAAAAGGGUUUCAGUUUCAUGCCCAAGAGAUGCGUAGACGUGAUGACUUGCGAGGUAGCAAGAGGUGUAAGAUUAACUGCUAAGACUGUCGAGUAUGUAUACUUCAAAGUCCCAAGAAAGGCUGGAAACUUCCAAGCUGACUUAUUCCCACCAUGCAGAAGUGGAGAGCCUGCAACUAAAUUCGAGGAGUACUGGACUGGAAUUGACAAAGAACCUUUAAGACAAGAGAUGAGGCCAGAGACUCAUCACUAGGAGCACGCUGCUUAGAUCCAAAGACGUAGCACUUUCAUGGCAAAGCUUGGAGACAAGUCAGGAAAUAGCGUAUCAGCAUCAGGCAGUUCACUUGGAGGGUCAUCAAAUAAUUAACAAAAUGUGAUUGAAGAACUCAAGUAGGAGAUUGAAACUUUGACUGUUAGAUGCGAGAAACUAUCUGAUCAACUUAAACUCUCAAAUAAUCAGCUUACAGAAGUAACUGAGCAAGCCAGCUCCUCAAGACAAGAAGUCACUGAGCUCGAGUAUAGAAUUCAAUCCCUCUAAGAGGAGAAUACACAAUUAAAAGAUCAACUCACUUAGUAUCAAGCACCUCAAACCUCUUCUGAAUAGUAGCAAGAGAAGAGUGAUCUCUACUCAUUCGAUAGCUGA